UGAACGCCCUGCGGUGGCUGCCGAGUCCCUGCCGACCCGGAGUGCCUGGCUGGUGGCUGGCAUAAGCCGCCCCUCCGCGUCCUCAUGGAACCGGGUACCACCCUGCUCCCCCGAAGCGCAUCCCUCCUCCCGCCGCCGGCGUCGCGGGUGAACCUUUGCGCGCCGCCUCAGAACAGUUAACAACACCCAGGAACCCGGCGCAGGAAGGUGCAGCCGAGAGGAACCGAGCCCGGGGGGCGGAACCAGGCUGGAGCCACGUCCCGCGCCAGCUCCCGGCCUCCCAUUGGCCUGCGCGCCUGUCCGUCCGCCCGGCACCGGCCCGCGCCUCUUUCUCCGCUACCUCUGCGCGUGUGGGGCGGGCUCCCCCCCCCCCCCCCCCCCCCCGGCAGAGCGAGCCGGAGCUGGCGCCGGCUGCCAGGAGCUCGCGGGAGGCCGGCCGGGGCGGCGCCAGGACCGAGCAUCGCGGGCUGUAACGCCGCGGCCUCUCUGCCUGCAGCACCACCUGGCGCGGGCCAGGGUUCGGGGAGAGAAAAGAUGUUUUCCCGGGUAAGAGCCGUUACCACUCCUUGUGCUUUGACAUGCCGCCGCCAUUUGCACCUGAAGGAGAAAGGCAAGCCACUCAUGCUGAAUCCAAGAACAAACAAGGGGAUGGCGUUUACGUUACAAGAACGGCAAAUGCUUGGUCUUCAAGGACUUUUACCUCCUAAAAUAGAGACGCAAGAUAUUCAAGCCUUACGAUUCCAUAGAAACUUGAAAAAAAUGACUAACCCUUUAGAAAAAUACAUCUAUAUAAUGGGCAUACAAGAAAGAAAUGAAAAACUGUUUUAUAGAAUACUGCAAGAUGAUAUUGAAAGUCUGAUGCCAAUUGUAUAUACACCAACAGUUGGUCUUGCCUGUUCCCAAUAUGGACACAUCUUUAGAAGACCUAAGGGAUUGUUUAUUUCAAUCUCAGACAGAGGUCAUGUCAGAUCAAUUGUGGAUAACUGGCCAGAAAAUCAUGUUAAGGCUGUUGUGGUGACCGAUGGAGAGAGGAUUCUGGGUCUCGGAGAUUUGGGUGUCUAUGGAAUGGGGAUUCCAGUAGGAAAGCUUUGUUUGUAUACAGCAUGUGCAGGAAUACAGCCUGAGAAGUGCCUGCCUGUAUGCAUCGACGUGGGGACCGAUAAUAAUGCACUAUUAAAAGAUCCAUUUUAUAUGGGCUUGUAUCAGAAGCGAGAUCGUUCCCAACUCUAUGAUGACCUGAUUGAUGAGUUUAUGAAGGCGAUUACUGACAGAUAUGGCCGGAACACGCUCAUUCAGUUUGAAGACUUCGGGAAUCAUAAUGCAUUCAGGUUCUUAAGAAAGUACCAGCAAAAAUACUGUACCUUCAAUGAUGAUAUCCAAGGGACAGCUGCAGUUGCUUUGUCGGGCCUUCUUGCGACCCAAAAAGUUAUUAAGAAACCAGUCUCAGAACACAAAAUCUUAUUUCUUGGGGCAGGAGAGGCUGCACUUGGAAUUGCAAAUCUUAUAGUUAUGUGUAUGGUGGAAAGUGGCCUCUCAGAAGAGGAGGCACGGAGGAAGGUCUGGAUGUUCGACAAGAACGGCUUAUUAGUUAAGGGAAGGACUGCUAGCAUCGAUAGUAACCAGGAACCAUUUGCUCACUGGGCCCCAGAGAACAUACCUGGAACUUUUGAAGAUGCAGUGAAUGAACUGAAGCCUUCAGUUAUAAUUGGAGUGGCAGGUGCUGGCCGCCUUUUUACUCCUGGCGUCAUCAAAGCCAUGGCCUCUAUCAAUGAAAGACCCAUAAUAUUUGCGCUUAGUAACCCUACGGCACAGGCUGAGUGCACGGCUGAAGAGGCCUACACACUUACGGAGGGCAGGUGUCUGUUUGCCAGUGGCAGCCCAUUUGAGCCAGUGAAACUCCAGGAUGGACGAGUCUUCACCCCAGGCCAAGGAAACAAUGCGUAUAUCUUUCCAGGUGUGGCUUUAGCUGUUAUUCUCUGUCAAACCCGGCACAUCAGUGACAGUGUUUUCUUGGAAGCUGCAAAGGCCCUGACAAGUCAAUUGACAGAUGAAGAGUUAGCCCAAGGGAGGCUUUACCCAUCACUUGCUAAUAUUCAGGAAGUUUCUGUUAACAUAGCUAUUAAAGUUGCAGAAUACCUGUAUGCUAAUAAAAUGGCUUUCCGAUACCCAGAACCUGAAGACAAGGCCAAGUACAUUAAAGAGAGAAUAUGGCGGAGUGAUUAUGUUUCCCUGCUGCCAGAUGUGUACGAUUGGCCAGAGUCUUCAUUGAAGCCUCCUCAGAUAUCAGAAUAGACGCUUUCCCAUUGAGGCGCUCCAUGCUGCAGGGAACCACUAUUUUUAGACAAAGAGAUAACACUCUCAGAGUUGCAGUCGUCUCUGUGUUAUUCCUCCGCACCACUUUGCCUGGCAUUUUUUUUUUCCCCGUGAAUCUCUUUCUUUGGGAACAGCUAUGUUGAAUAUACUGUUAAUGCCCACCCGCGCCCACAGUCCGGUACUACGAAUGCUUUAGUUCUGCUGGAGGUCGCCCCGUGUGCUCCUGUUUGAGCCUGCCACGGUGUUUUUGCUGUUACAUGAAUGUAUCUUCCACUUCCACUCAGUUCCUCAAGGGCUGUGGAUAUGAAUACAAAAUGUUGAGAAGAAACCAAAAUUUAACCUAACUCCAAAGAAAAACUGUCAGUAGCUAAAACUGUUCUUUUAUAUAUGCUUCAUUUUACUUUCAUGCUCUGGAAUCCUUUUGUAGUAGACAGAUAUGGGGAAAUAUGAAAAAAAUUCCCGAUUUCCUAGAACUAAAUCGUGGCUAACUAUAACAUUAUAGCAGAGUGGGAGGAGCCACCACUGCCUUUAGACAGGCUGAGCAGUCAUCUGCAACAGUGUACAAAAAACCACUUUUGUCUAAUAAAAGUCAUACCUUACA